AUGUCGAUAGAAGUAGCGAAGGCUGUUGAUGCGGAUAACCUCGUUAUUCCUAUAAUAAACUUCUCUCACUUCCUAACCGGUACACCAACCCAACGUCUUCAAACUGCCCAAUCCAUCCUCCAUGGUUUCCGCACCGCAGGAUUCAUUUACCUCUCCCACCACCCCAUUCCCCCACCCACUCUCUCCCACACUUUUUCCGUAUCCGCCAAAUUCUUCGCCCGUCCCUCCUCACAAAAAGAUCCCCUAGCCUGGACAACCCCCCUCGCAAACCGAGGCUACGUAGCCCACGGCCGCGAAAAAACCACCACACUUACAGAUAGAAAAGCAGUUGCGGAACUAAAAGCCCAAGCACCCGAUUUAAAAGAAAGUUUUGAGAUAGGAAAAGAAGGUGAAGAGGAAUUACCUAAUAAUUGGCCUCCUAUUACUCCUGAAGAUGAAGAUGCAAGGGAAUUUAAAGAGACGAUGUUGAAAUUUCAUGAUUUGUGCAAGGAGCUUCAUAUUAAUGUUAUGCGAGCAAUUGCUCUUGGGAUGUCGUUGCCUGAAUCCUAUUUUGAUGGGUUUACUAGUGCGGGGGAUAAUACGUUACGAUUGUUGCAUUAUCCUCCUGCGAAUGCAAGUGUGUUUAAGGAAAAUAAGUUGCAAGUUAGAGCAGGGGAACAUACGGAUUAUGGGAGUAUUACAUUACUUUUUCAAGAUGAUAGAGGAGGUCUACAGGUCAAGAGUCCGAAGGGAACAUUUGUGGAUGCGACGCCUGUAGAGGGUACGGUGGUGGUUAAUGCGGGAGAUCUGCUGGCGAGGUGGAGUAAUGAUUUUAUCAAGAGUACUUUGCAUAGGGUUGUGGAACCUCCUCUCAAGGAGGGUCAGGAAGUUAAGGAAGAUGGUGUCUAUCCAGCGAGAUACAGUAUAGCAUAUUUCUGCAACCCAAAUUUCGAUCGUAUGAUUGAAGCGAUUGAGGGGACGUAUGGAGGUGAAUUGGGAGAGAAAAAAUAUAAAGGGAUUAAUUCGGGGGAGUAUUUGGUGCAGAGAUUGGCUGCUACUUAUUAG